GAUCCUGCUUCACUCCCUGGGGGGACUGAUCUUGGGCGCCCCCUGUUGCCCAUUAUGACGCCGGCCGCAGGGCGGGUCCCCUAGGAUGCUGGAGUUGAGGCAGAGCCGGGGGAGCCAUGGCCGAGCCGCAAGAGCAGUUGCUGCAGCUCCAGAAGGACAACCGAGAUGGUCGCAUGCGGAAGCAGGAGCUAGAGGAGUUGGUGCGCGGGCUCGAGGCCGAGAGCGAGAGCCUCACCGGGCGCCUACAAGAACUGCGCGAGCGCGAGCGCAGUCUGCAACGGAGGCGAAGCCAGGCGGCGCGGGCCCUACGAGGGGAAGCGCGCGAAGCGGCGCUAGAGCGUGCGGAGAGGACGCGUGGACUGCUGGAGGCAGCGGAGCGGCACAAAUUGGACCUGGUUUGGGGGGGAGUGCCCCAAGGAGGAGCGUGGCCGGAAGGGCGGGGGCAGGAUGAGGCGGGGCUAAGGGAGAAACCUGGUCCGCCCCCUCGACCCUUUUCACAGGAGCAACACAAUCAACAGUUGCAGGAGCAGUGGGAGGAGCUGUCAAGUCAGCUCUUUUACUACGGAGGGGAACAGCGGAGUAAGCAGCGCGCGGAGCAGGAGCUCGGGACCCAACUGGUGGCACUGCAGAAACAACUGGAAGUGGUGGAGGCCAAGUAUGCCAUGCAGGCGGAGGACUUGCGGCAGGGUGCGCAACGGACCGAGGAGGCCUGGGCCAGUUUCCAGGAGCAGAGCGGAGUCCUGCAGGAGCUGCAGGGGAAGGUGAUGGAGGCGGCGGCUGCGCUGGACACCUCGCGUGGUGGCCUAGAACCGUGGGACUCUCAGUUUCGCCGGGUGCAGGACUGCUCGGGCUCGCUAAUGGAAGAGGUGGCCAGGGCGGACUGUGAGAAGCGGCUGUUCGGAGGUGCGGGGGCCGGGGGCAUCAGGCUGUGGGCGCUGGGCGCGCUGCAGACGCUGCUGUUGCUCCCUCUUGGCUUCCUGGCACUGCCACUGCUCUACGUGGUGCUAGUGAAGCCGGACGCCGUCCACCAGGGCCUCCCGCACCUCAGCUCGGAUGCUGCCUUCCGCCGACUGCGCUACACACUGUCCCCGCUGCUCGAAUUGCGCGCGCGCGGGCUGCUGCCUGCUUAGAGCCAUCACGCUGGCCGUGGCCGCCUGCACCACUGUCUCUCGUGUAGUUUCUGGGGCGCCUGAGGGGAGAAUCCAGGAGUGGGGCUUGUGUGUCCUCUCCUCUCCCUUCCCAGACACAGCGACCGACCCUGGCACUUCAGCUCAGAAAACGACCGUUCUUCCAGCAGGGCCUGAAUCUCCGGAAAAAGCUCAGGGUCCCAGGCCUCACUCGGGCUGGCCUUCUCCAACAGCUUCGGUUGCUGCACAGACUAGCCAACUCUGAAGUCGGUCGGCAUCUUAUUAGUGAAUUUGCCCGGGCUUUAGGGAUUGGGAGGUGGUGCUGGUCGGUCAGAUUUUUUUCCAUGGAGGUCUGUGAUUCCUUUUGUCCCGCUGCGUGUGGUCGGUCAUUCAGAUCCUUGCAGCAUCCUUUCGUUCUCUCUGGGUAAGAUCCCCCUCCCGACAUGUGCAAUGGGCUUCCUUCCUGUGGUUCGCUUUGCCUUCUUUACUUCUGAGCACAGCUGGUUGUGUGUACUCAGACUGAGGGCUUC